UAAAAGGACGCGGCUUGUUCCGGUGUGUCGGGUUUUGCUCCUUCUGCUAGAGCUUUUAUUUGGGAUUUUCUUUGGAUUUUCCGCCACAACUGUAGAUAUUUUAUGGCGAUCACGUUUAAAGUAUCAUAAGGAUGGUACACACUGACUAUUAUUUUAUAUCUUCUGCGCUAUAACCUCUUUUGUGAGCGGUUUGGCUCCUCUGGACUGAAGAAACAAUGCAGGCCUAGCUUCGGUUUAGCUCCACAGCUAACAGCAGCUAGCAGGGGCUAAUCGUGUAGUGCUUGUGCAGAGCUGGGGGAUUUAAACCUUGGACUGGCUUGUUUUUCUUCACUGUAUUAACGCCAAAUCCGAGAUGAGCUCCCAGCUGCAGGUCUUCUCUCCUCCCUCCGUCUCCUCCAGCGCUUUCUGUCGAGUGAAGAAGCUGAAGGUGGAGAGCGGCGCGUGGGACGUGAGCAGCAGCGACGCCUAUGGCUCCUACCCCUUCACCUCUGCGGCGGCCAUGACGGUGCCUGCGUUUGCCCCCUCUCUGGUGUUUGCCCCCAGCGCGGCCGGCUCCAGGGGGCAGGUGGUGGUUAGGGCAGCGGACAGCACCGGGAGUCUCCCCCGAGGGUCGAGCCGGAGAGUGACAGAGUACAGCCACGUGGAGUCGUCCUCAGACACUCGCACACACAGAGGCCAUAAGCGUAAGCUGGAGGACCCUCAGGACACAGGGGGCAGUGGCUGUGGCAGUGUGCAGAUCCUGGAGGAGCUCUCUGCCCCAGCAGCCACCUUCUCCUCCAGAGCCCUGAAUGGAGGCACCACCACGGGCCAGUCUAUCCCCCACUCUGCCCCCACAACCAAGAGCAGUAGCUCCAGUGGAGAGGGGGACUACCAGCUGGUACAGCAUGAAAUCCUGUGCUCCGUCUCCUCCUCCUACGAGGUGCUGGAGUUUCUGGGCAGAGGGACCUUUGGGCAGGUGGCAAAGUGCUGGAAGAGAGGAACCAAUGAGAUUGUGGCCAUCAAGAUCCUGAAGAACCACCCCUCCUAUGCUCGGCAGGGACAGAUCGAGGUGGGCAUCUUGAAUCGUCUGAGUGCAGAGAAUGCAGAUGAGUUUAACUUUGUGCGUUCGUACGAGUGCUUCCAACACAAGGGCCACACCUGCCUUGUGUUUGAGAUGCUUGAACAAAAUCUCUACGACUUCCUCAAACACAGCAAGUUCAGUCCUCUGCCCCUGCGCCACAUCCGACCUAUCCUUCAACAGGUGGCCACAGCACUGAUGAAGUUGAAGAGCCUUGGUUUGAUCCAUGCAGACUUAAAGCCAGAGAACAUAAUGCUUGUUGACCCUCUGAGGCAGCCGUACCGGGUGAAGGUUAUUGAUUUUGGAUCAGCGAGUCAUGUGUCCAAAGCGGUGUGCUCCACCUAUCUGCAGUCGCGGUACUACAGAGCUCCAGAGAUCAUCCUGGGCCUACCUUUCUGUGAGGCCAUAGACAUGUGGUCCCUGGGCUGUGUGAUCGCAGAGCUGUUUCUGGGCUGGCCUUUAUAUCCUGGAGCCUCAGAGUAUGACCAGAUCCGGUACAUCUCUCAGACCCAGGGCCUUCCAGCGGAGUACCUCCUGAGCGCAGGCACCAAAACCAGCCGCUUCUUCAACAGAGGCACAGACUCCAGCUACCCCCUGUGGAGACUUAAGACCCCAGCUGAGCACGAGAUGGAGAUGGGCAUCAAAUCCAAAGAAGCCAGAAAGUACAUUUUCAACUGUCUCGACGACAUGAUGCAGGUGAACCUGUCGUCUCAUCUGGAGGGCACAGACAUGCUGGCGGAGAAGGCAGACCGGAGAGAGUUUAUAGACCUGCUGAAGAGGAUGCUCCGACUGGAUGCAGACAAAAGAAUCACUCCCACCAAAACCCUGGGACACCCCUUUGUCACUAUGAGCCACCUGAUGGACUACCCACACAGCUCACAUGUAAAGUCGUGCUUCCAGAACAUGGAGAUCUGUAAAAGAAGAACCUCCUACGACACCAGUAAAUCUCUGUACUCCACAAAUGUGCCCAGUGCUGCUGCGGGCAACCUCACAGUGACCUUCAGCAGCCAACUCAACCAGCAUAACCAGGUGCCUUCAGCAGGGGGCGCUGUGCCUUUGCUGAACUACCAGCCGGCUCUGUACCAACAGGCCACAAUAAACAUCCCAGGACUUCAACAGAGUGUUCCCCUCCCCUCACGGACCAGCGCACUGUGCAGCCAAUCAGAGCCCUUCCAGCAGACGCUCAUCGUGUGCCCCCCCUCCUCUCUACAAGGGCUGCAGUCAUCAUCUAAGUCCUCCUCUUUCCCAGUGCGAAUGGAGAGCUCCGUCCCUCUGGUCCCUCCAAACCAGUCAGCCCAGUCUCUGCAGCUACAGCCCGGCAUGCUCACACAGGGCUCCUGUACACCUCUGAUGGUAGCCACCCUCCACCCCCCCUCCGCAGGCCUGGGCCCCCAGUACUCUCUGCCUCUGGGGCGCCCCCUACUGGAGCACACAGCCACAGUGCUGCAGGCGUGGCCGUCAGGGGCUCAGCAGAUCCUCAUCCCCUCCACAUGGCAGCAGGUCUCUGGGAUGGCGCUACACUCAGCCUCCCAUCAAGGCACCCUUAACCAGGACCACUCCCCUCUGCACCAGGAGGGGGCAGCACAGGCUCACAGCUGGAGAAGCACGACUCAGACUAAGACUCAGGAGAGAAAGAAGGUGAAGGCCCGACGAGGAGAGAAUAGGAACAGGGGUCUGGUGGCUGCCUCCCUCCUCAGCUCCAGCGUCGUAAGUCCCUCCUCCUCCGCCCUGUCUCAGCCAAUCAUCAUCUCAGACACCCCCAGCCCCGCAGUCAGCAUCAUCACCAUCCACAGCGACACCGACACAGAAGAUGAGCGGAAGUUCCACCCCGCCAGUGUGGGUUUGAGCCAGAGAACCAAUGUCAUCAGCUGUGUGACUGUCCAUGACUCGGACUCUUCUAAUGCCAGCCCCCUCACCCCCCUCCCUCGCACCUCCCUCCCCUCUCUGCCCCGCUCCGCUCUCCCCUCCCUCCCCCUCUCCUCUCGACACCACAAAGGCCUGGCUCUGCUCACAUCUGCAGUGAAGACCCAGAGCACAGAGACUGCAGUGACCCGGCCAGCAGGAAACAUAAAGACGAAGCGCUCAAGUCAUCAGUCCUGCAGCGCCGAGUCCGACAGACACAGAGGAGUGCCACCCAGCCAAUCACAUCCACUUAACCUCAGCCAGGCGCAGUCGGUGGUCUCCUCCUCCCAGGACCCGUCUUCUCUCUCUGACCAAUCUCUCCUUCGCGCCUUCCCUUCUUCUCACUUCUCCUUCCCCGAUGUCUCCGCUCUGACCUCCACCAGCUCAGGGGCCUCUCUCUACUCCUACCCCGCCUCCAGUGCCCUCUCCUCGGCCUCGCAAGCCUUCGACCACCUUCUUACCUCCAGCACCUCCGGCUCCGCACCCACCUCCCGGAGAGACUCUACCCAGAGAAAAGAGUCCGUCAGUGGGCUGCUGCAUCCCGCUCUCCCCCCUUACCAGCACCAGUUUGCCUCUGGAUCUUCGUACAUGAGCUCUGAAGCCUACACAGCCUACCAGCUAAGCCCCAGACGCAUAUCUCAAUAUCCCUACCUAUAAAACCACACAAGAACGUCGACAUGUUUAAAAUGACUUGCAUUCAAUAUAUUAAUCUCGAUUUUAGUUCCAUUUAUCGAUUUAGUCCUAAGAAGACGUAUUUAAAUUGUAACUCAAGAUAAAAUAAGAAAAUACGUGAAAGUGUCCAUAUUACACAGUCAAAAACAGACCUGGUGUUGUAUUUUGUUUCAUUCAAACCCUGCAGAUUUAGACUGUGUUCUUCUCUCAAGCAGAAAACACCACCUUAUGAUAUCAUGUGGAGCAAGGUGGAGCAGAGCAUUUUGAGCUUCGGAGAUGUAGAAUAAUAAAGAGUUAAUCAAAUGUGUGAAUGAAACAAAACACAACUCCAGGUUUGUUUUUGAUGCAGAAACAUGGCUCAAAGCUCAGAGUCAAGUUUGUGUAACAUAAGACCUUUAAAACCAGCCCACAUCUCAAGACAAGACAAUAAAUGUAGUAUCAAGUAUUAAAUCACUGAAAUCCAGAUGAAUAUUGCAAAUCCAAGUCAUUUGAAGUGUAGAUGAGGCUGUUGCUGUGUUCCAGCUCUUCCAGGGGGAUCGUUAGUGUUCUAGUACCAUUCACUUUGUUCAUAUCCUUAUUGUAAACCCUAUGUUAUUCUGAUGUACAAUUUUAAGUCAUUAUAAGGUAUUUUAAAAAAUCAGUCUGAUUUUAGUUUUGUGUGAAGAGAGAAUCCUCCUGUCACCAUGGUACGUAAAAGCCUUUCUGGAACUUUCCUUGCCCACUUUUACUCAAGUGAUUCUAUUGUGUUUAUUAUAGCAAUGUUUUACAAAAUGAUUCAUAUUUUAAAGACAGUUUUAUGUAUGUAUGUGUGAAUAAUGUUAGACUUCUGAAGAGGUGUUCAUGUCUGUUAAGCUUAGUUAAUUACAAAAUAGACCUUAAAGCAGAUUUUUGUGAAGGUUUGAAAUCAACUAGUUCUGUUUUUUGUUUGUUUUGUUUUGUUUUUUGCAGUUGUUCAGUUAUUCGUCUCUUACAUUAUGCAUUUAAGAUUCACCACAAUGAGUUUAUAAGCACUUUUCAAAACCCGACCAGUGUGUACAUGGUAACACACACUUCCUGUAUAAGCAGCUUGUGAGAUCAUAAAAUCACACACGUAUUUUGCAAAAUAUAUGUGGAAAAAUCUGGUAGGACCAUUAAAGGGACAGUUUGUACGUUUUUAGGUGGAUGGUCUGAAAGCUUCUGUUCUCUGUGCUGAUGAAGUUGCUUUACCUGGAGUGUGUUGCACAGAAUAGCAUUACAUUUAGAAAUUUCCAUGGAAAUGAGCCGGUAACCACAAAACCAGUUUUUCUUUGGCAAUAAUCACUCUUGUGACUGAAUAAAUGCAGUAAGGGACACUUUACUGUCUGCUUAGGGAAAUUAGGUGGUAUCCAGUACUAUGGAAGUAAAACUUAAAAUUUUAACUUUUUUUAAGAUCCAAAACGACUAUGCAGAUGUUAGAAAAACGUGAAUUAAUUUGGUGAAACUUGAGUAGAAGUGGGUUUGUAAUGUGUCAGAGGCGUAUACGUAUUUAAAGGCUCACUUUAGCAAAGGGCUGUUUAACCCUAAAGACUAACCCUGUAUUGUGUAUUUUAAGCUUAACACUUUGGGCCUCCUCCUUUGUGUCCUGUUCUAUUUGACUUUAAUAUUUAAAUAAUGUUUCUUGUUUGUUUUUUGCGAAGGUUCUUGAAGAGGAGCAGAGAAAGAUGUGAUGACAAACUGUGAUCGAUGUUGUUUCAAUGCACAAGUGUAAUGUUAGUAGUGUGUAGCUCUGGGGUAGAGAUCAUGUUAAAAAUGCAAUAGAAAAACCCCAUUGGAACUGCAGAAGCUGAAUGUAUCCAUGAAAUGUUUGGAAAGUCUAUGGGGCUAUGGACCGGCCUCUUUAUUAGGUACACAUGUCAUAAUACAAGUGUAAUGCAGAGACUUGCUCAUGUUUAGUAAGAGACUGGAAAUCUACUAAACUGAUCCAAACUACAGCUGGCAUUUAAAGGGCCCAUAUAACACUAUAGUUUUAUAGUUUAUAGUUUUUUUUAUCAUGUUUCCUCAUCAAGAAAAACCUCCACAUGCCUUCACUGGAAUCGUUUGGAUUAAUAAUGAACCCUGGUUUUGCCAAUCUCUUCUGAACUAAAAGUAAAAGGAGCAGUUCACUUAAACUACAUCACAAGGUGGAACUGAGCAUUUUGGAGCUUUUGACAAGGACUAAACCAAGUCCUAAAUCAGAACUAAACCAGGACUGGACCAGGAUUAAACCAGGUCGAAUCUUGAUUUGUUUUCUCUUAUUUUAACGUAAAACUUUCGACCUGACCAGUGACUGUAACAUGACAGGUGUACCUAAUAAAUGGGCCAGUGUGUAACAUCAUUCUUGGGCAUAACUUGUGUAUCUGUGAAUUUCUAAUCUUACUAAUAUUUUGAACAUGGCCAGUCAGUUACAUGUAUUCAAACAAUCUGCAAUAUUUUCAACUUUUUAAACAGUCAGAAAUCUCAUUUAAGAAGGAGCUCAACAGUUUUUCUCCAUAAACCUUUUCAAAAUUAAAAUGUGAAUUUAAAAGUUUGUAAGAGGCUUUUUGAUUAUGAGGUAAUAGUGACCUUAAAGGACCAGUACACAAUUCUGAAGUAUCAAAAGUACAAAAAUGUAGAUACUAAUUGAUACUGAAACAAGAUACUAAUUUAUACUAAAUGUUCCCUUGACUGGACAGAAAUGAACCUUUCCUAAACAGGAGUCGUAGAAAGAGUAGAAGUAGUACAAGAGUAAGACUGUGUUACACACAUAUAAGACAUCAUGGGAAUAAUAAAAAAAGUACUACAAUUUAAUAUUGAAAGUUAUUAUGUUGUUUAAAAGAAAGUGUUUUUGUUAUCAUUGUGAGAAAUCAAGUUUGAAAUGUUAGUGUCGUUAUUCAUGACAACAUUAUUCUGAACAGAUCUUCCAAAUAGUUCUCAUGCAACUACGUCUGACUGGAUAAAACUCCCUGACAUUUACUUCUAUGUGGUUCUCAGCCAACAAAUUCCUUUUAGUAAAAUGUUUAGGUGAUGAUUUUUUUUCACAAGUAGCUGCUUUUACAAUACAUUCUAGGAAAAAGCUCAGAAAGGCCAAAUAUUUGCUAAAUUUCAAACUUGAGUUCAUAUUUUUGGUUCGGUCUUGUAUAAGGUGAUAUAUUUUCUUAGGCUAAUAAUUGCCACGUAGCUGUGUAGCCUCCAUCAAACUUUUAAACUCAAAGUAAUAUUUAAUUUGCUGGGGGAAAAAAUGAUGAGAAUUGUGUUUGUAAAAAUGACUUCACUGUUGAGUUCCACUGAGUAACUUUUACAAAUAAACCAGUCUCUACAUCACUAAGACAACAGAAUUUGUGUAAAAAAUAAAAUAAAUAAAUUGGAAGUAAUAUUUUGGGGAUGGAAGUGUUUUUUUUUUUGUUGCUGUUUUUUUUGUUUUUUUGUCUGUUUCUGUUGAUUUGUUUGGUGAUUUUCUGUGGAAUAUGUCACUGUUCUUCCUCCAAAUGUUUAGUCACAAAAGGCUAGUGCUACUUCAGGGAAACCAAACUCAACUCACUCUUUUCAAUAAAAAAACAACACAACA